AUGGGCCUAUUUUCGAAAAAGAAAUCAUCGUCGCCAUCAAGUUCGACUAAAGAAGCUACACCAUUAGGCUCGUCUGCUUCGGUUAAGUCUGAGUUGGGUCUAUCGUCAUCUAAUGAAUCGAUAAAGUCAGACAUAUCCAGUGGAAAGAUCAAAGGGUUGUUGAAGAAAAAAUUGAAUGGAGGAGGAGCAGGAGGAGCAGGAGGAGUGGGAGGAGGUAGAGGCGGUGAAGCAAUUGGUGUCGACAAAAUUGACAAAUUGAGUGCUGAUUUACGUCAGAUUAAACUUGACAAACAAAUGCAGAAUACGCAAACGUCUAGUCUGACGUUGGAAGUCCCACGGGGGGACCAAAAUGGAGAAAAACAUCUUUCUCAAGAGGGUCACAUUCCGUCACAAUUUAAGAAACGUGUAAGUACGAUUAUUGAAAAUGAGAACAACUCCACUGGUGACGACUCCGAUGACUUUGAUGCCGAUGCUGAUGAUGAUGAGGGGUCCAAUAUUGAAUCAGAUUCGUCUGAUUCUGAGUUGGAGGAAGAUCACCUACAUCCAAUCAAGCCCAAAUACGAUGCAUCACAUCACGAUUUAGCUCAACAAUUGUCAACAAUCAUGGGCUACUGUGGACUACGCAGAGACACUUCAUCACAUUCAACUGAGGAAGCCAACAAGGAAAGUCAACGAACCUAUUCCCUAUUGGAUCAAGAAAACAGGAUCAAGAAAUUGCCCAAAUCGGUACAUAGUGAUGAAUCGAUAAUCGGUGAAUAUCAAAUACAAUUAAUACAACACUUGACGGCAAAGAUUGAACGAUUGAUUACUGAUGGUGGGAGUGAACGAUUGUUAACCAGGGAGAAAUCAUUGUAUCAGAGGUAUGGAGUGAUACGAAACGUUAUUGGCAAGGGAGCUUAUGGAUUGAUCAAGAUUAUUGAUCCCGACGGAGGUAAAGUCAAUACGUUGUUACUGAAUAGCUUACCACCAUUGGGGAAACGACUAUUUGUGGUUAAGGAGUUACCAAGACGGAAAGAUGAGAAAACAAACAACUUUAUUGAACGAAUCAUGUCGGAGUUUGUCAUUUCGUCAACAUUGAAUAGUAAAUACAUCAUUGAAACGGUUGAUUUAAUGGGAACGCUAUCUCCUUCAUCACUACUGCUGCUGAUGAGUUCACCUUCAGCCUCGGUUAAGCAUCUACGUAUUAGUCAAGUCAUGAAUUGCAGUCAAGGUGGCGAUUUAUUUUCCUAUUUAUUGACUGGAGUCAAUAUCAAAAACAAACCAGUAAUGUACAUGUCAUUAUAUGAAGUUGAUUGCAUAUUGAAACAAGUGGCUCGUGGAUUGAAGUAUAUGCAUGCUCAUGGUGUUUCUCAUUGUGAUUUGAAAUUGGAAAAUAUACUCAUAUCGUACCAAGUGGAUGACCAUAAUGACGUUACUGAGUCUGGACUAUGCUCCAGUUGUCAGUGUAAGAUGCUGAUCAAGUUGAGUGAUUUUGGUAAAUCAUUUGUGUUUCGAACCGCAUUUGAUAAAUCAGAACAGAAAUUACAAGGAUCUCAAGGAAUCAUUGGAUCAGAACCGUAUAUUGCACCUGAGGAGUACUUGUGCACCAAGAUCAAUUCGUCGUAUUCAUCAGUGAAGAAAGAUUGUUGGGCAUUUGGUGUUGUUGCAUUGACAUUACUAAAUAUUCGAAGAAGCUACUACUGUUCUCAAUCGUCAAAUGGUGGCGUUGGUGGUGAUGGAGGAGCGUAUCGACUGGGACUGAAGUUGGUUGCUGGCUUGGAUCUAAAUGGAUAUAGUACUGGGUACUUGUGGAAAAACACCGAUGCAAAAACCACCAGUAUCAGCAAAUCCAACACAUCUAGCGGAUCAAUAGUGACAAUAUUACUGAAGUUGGAGUACAAGGAUAAAGUGUUUAAUGAGUAUGUCAAGAAAAGAAUGAUUGGUGAUUAUGACACAAGGACUAAAGAAUGGUUGAUUAAACAACCAGGUAGAUUUAUGCCCAUUGAGAACAUAUGUAAACCGAUAACUAGCAAUAGUGACGAUGAUGAUACUGCCGAGGAGGAAGAAGAAGAGGGGGGAAAUGAUGUGAGAGGGAAACAGAAGGGGGUUAGGAUGUUUGAUGCUGAUAAAGAUGAUGAAGACGAGGAUGAUUUAAGUGAAUUAAGAGUAUUGAUCAUUUACAAGUUACUUGACAUUGACCCAAGUACAAGAAUGAAUAUGGAUCAGUUUUUAAAGAGUGAUUGGAUGACGGCAACCGAAUCCUGUUUUUAA